GUUCCGCUCGUUACGCAUGCUUUCCGCUUUUUUCACAAAAGUAAGUCUCACGAGCUGAAGGCCCCCCCCAAAACAGAAGAAACAUGAGUAAAGCACACCCACCAGAGUUGAAAAAGUUCAUGGACAAGAAGCUUUCGUUGAAGCUGAACGGUGGCAGGCAGGUCCAAGGAGUCCUGCGAGGUUUUGACCCCUUCAUGAACUUGGUGAUGGAUGACUGCUUGGAGAUGGCCCCUGGGGGAGUACAGAACACCAUAGGCAUGGUGGUCAUCCGAGGAAACAGUAUCAUCAUGUUGGAGGCCCUUGAGAGAGUAUGAGGGGUUGGGAUGGCAGAAUCGUCUUCCAAAAAAAAAGUGGAAUUAGUGGACCUUUUUCUUUCCGGAUACGUUGACAGAUGUUUCAUUUGGAAAUGUUUUGAAUUGUGAAAUCUUGUGAAUAAACUUGGAUAUUUGUUUUCUUUA